AUGGGAUACGACCCGAGCCCGGUGGCCCACAGCCUGCGCCUGACGCCCACCACGCUGGGGAAGGGGCCCCAGGAGGCCGCGCUAGCGGCUGCGCUAGAACACCGAGCUGUGGGCAGAGGCGGGAGGGGCAGUACGCCCCGGGUGUACCCCGCGGGCGCUGCGCGGGGGCGCAGACCGAAGCGGGAACGUUCCGGAACCCGGAUGCGCGGCCAGUCGCGGGGUAAGGGCGCGCGCACAGACCAGACCGCACCGCAGCGCACGCGCACACGGGGGCGCACGCUCGCUCGCUCAUCGCCCAGGAUGAGACGGAAGGCAUGGAAAGUUCCAGCUGGUUCGAGAACCAUACGUAGCAAGCGCGGCGGCAGCGGCAGCUGCAGGGUCGGAGGCGUGUGCAGCUCCCGCUGGCAGCUCGCAGAGGGGACCCGCGGUGCUGCCCUGCUGCAGUGGCUGCCUGGCCAGGGCGCUGGUCCCCGCGCUGGCUGCCGACCGCAGAGAGCGGGGCUGUCGAGGGGGCGCGGCGCGGCCGCCUUAAGGAGGGGGCGUGGCGUGGCGCGCGGGGGGGCGUGGUUAGGCGAGGGGGCGUGGCGGCCCGUCUGCGCAGCUGCCAGAGCCUUUAAGCCCGGGCUCGCGCGGCCGGAGCGUGCUUUCGCCGCCUGGGAGCCUUCCGGUCCAGCGGUCCGCCAGGUCUCCGCGGUUCCCGCCCUCUUUCAUCCCGGGAGACGGUUCCGUGAGGAGCCGCGCGCUGUGCAUUCGGGCAUGCCCCGCUACGAGCUGGCUUUGAUUCUGAAAGCCAUGCAGCGGCCUGAGACCGCUGCUGCUUUGAAGCGUACGCUGGAAGCCCUGAUGGACCGAGGGGCUGUAGUGAGGAACUUGGAGAACCUGGGCGAGCGCAUGCUUCCCUACAAGAUCUCCGCCCACAAUCAGCGGCACUCCAGGGGCGGGUAUUUCUUGGUGGAUUUUUAUGCACCAGCAACAACUGUUGAAAGCAUGAUGGAGCAUUUGUCUCGAGACAUUGAUGUGAUUAGACCGAAUAUCGUAAAACAUCCUUUGACCCAGGAAGUGAAAGAGUGUGAAGGGAUCGUCCCGGUCCCCCUCGAAGAAAAGCUGUAUUCCACCAAGAAGAGAAAGUGAGAAGAUUCACCAGAUUUUAGCCUUCCAUUUAAAUCUCUCCCUUGCGGGUACCAUGGAUUAAUAAUUUACAAGCUUGACCUUUAUAUAACAAGGUGCAGUCAGUGCCGUUUGAUUUUUCUAAGGUAUUUUUAGCUCUCGAUCCUCUUUGCUGUGAGAAGUGGGGGAGUGGCUUGCUUAGAGCCACUUUGUCAUCGUGUGUGGUACCAGCACGUCUCCUUGAUUUCGUCUCAUGAAUGUAAUUUAUUGGGACUUGUUGCCCUGCAACAACACUAACGCCCUUUGGAAGAGUGAAGCAUAUAAAGACUGCCUUGGGUCGCAUGCGCGUCAUUCAGACAGUGUACCACCCUGUAAAAUAAAACUUUAAGACCAUUGCUUUA